GUGGGCAGUGCUCUACGAGAAUCAACGGGGGUGCGUCUCAAUAUUUGGGAGCAUUCCAGCAACCGAGCUGAAAUUCCACGCAGCAUAACCAUAUUCUCCACGCCUAACUACUCUCCGCAGACCCUCCUCCCGCUCGACCCACCUCCCUACACCCUCCCCACAUCCAACCCUUCCAAACGCGCCUGGCGCACCCAGCCCACCGUCUCUCUCGCUUCAUACCCUCUCCCAGACGGCACCUGGCGGUGGGUCUCGCGCGCGUGGAUGAUCGACAUGCGCGGCGACGGGCUCCUCCAGCAGGACGGCUUCGAGUACGCAUGGACUUUCCGCUCCGGCCACUGGCGCCCGGAGAUCGGCACGCUCAGCACGGGCGCGUGGGUGAGGCGGCGACGGUGGGUCCGCUUGAUGGUGCGUGUGCGGAAACAGGGCACGCACCCUGACGCGGAGCGAGCCGAGCGGGAGGGCGAGGCGGGGGGCGAGGUGGAGGGAGAGUUGCCUGCAAUGGACAUGGUGCAGGAUGUGCCUGGUGCGACGCGCCCGCCAUCGGUGGUCGAGAGUACAGAGAGCGAGGAUGAGAAGGCUGAGAUGCAGGUUUGGCUUGGUGAUGACGGCGACUGGGAGAGAUGUCGGACGGCGCUCAAGAGAAUCGGGAGGGAUGGGAGGAAGUUGGAGCUGUGGAAGCGGUGGUUUGGAUUUGGGUUCCGCUCAGAGAAGGACGAGGAUGAGGAAGACAAAGAGGAGCCAGACGAGGAUGAUGUGGGAAAGGGGAAAGUCAGAGCAGAGCAGCGUGAGGUGUCCUCAUCCUCAUCCUCCCUUGAGAAGGAGCUCGAAGAAGACGUGGGUGUACACCCCAUCCAACCUCCCAGGGAGUAUAUCGCGAGAGUUAUCCGCGAUCACGGCUCCGAGAUUCUUCGUACCUUCGUCUUUCCAGACUCUCGCGCACAGUUCGUCGAGAUCCUCGACGCUGCGGACCUCCUUGGAGAGCUCAAAGCGGGUAUGGGUGUCUCAGACCAAGCGCAAGUGCUUGACUUUUGGAGCUACGCGCCAACCACACCCACGUCUGCCCAUCAUGACGGCGCCGGGAAGGCUGACACGCACAGUAGCAGUGGAUGA